AUGGAUGAUUAUAAAGGGACAAUACAGGCAUGCACAGAAUUUGACAAGGUGAAAGAUUCACUGAUACUGCAUAAGGCGAUGCAGGGUAUAGGUACUGAUGAGAAAGCUAUCAUUGACAUCCUUGCGCACCGCUCCAAUGCUCAAAGACAGCAAUUACGAGCUUAUUACGUCACUGCCUUCGGUCGGGACCUGAUUGGGCAUUUCCAAAGUAAACUAAGUGGUAAUUUUCGGAGGACAGUACGAGCUUUAAUGGAUCGACCUGUUGAAUACUACGCACGGUGCCUCUACGAAGCAACAAAGGGUCUUGGAACGGACGAAGAAGCACUUGUAGAAAUUCUCUGCACGAAGACUAAUCAGGAGAUAAAAGAAAUCAAAGCACAAUACAAAAAAGACUAUCUGUGCGAUCUGAAAGCAGAUAUUGUUGGUGACACUAGCGGGGACUUCAGGCGUCUUCUCGUAUCCAUGUGUUCGGCUGGACGAGAAGAAGGCACUGAAGUGGACGUAGAUCAAGCAAAGGUAGAUGCUCAAGAAAUCUUCAAAGCCAGCGAGGCACGCUGGGGCACGGACGAGGCCGUGUUUAAUCGUAUCUUAGCAACAAGAAGCUACGCACAACUACGGGCAAUGUUUGAAGAAUACAGUAAGAUAUCUGACAAGGGCAUAGAGGGCGCUAUAACAAGUGAGACAUCCGGGGAUUUACGAGACGGAUUCCUCUCACUUGUGAAGAGUGUACGUGAUCCAUGCUCCUUCUUUGCUGGGCGACUUCACAAAUCGAUGAAAGGUCUGGGCACGAAUGACCAGAUGCUUAUAAGAUGCGUGGUCUCAAGGGCAGAGAUCGAUCUAGUGGAGAUUAAGGAGAUGUUUUUGACUCAGUAUGGAAUGACUCUUGGUGAUUAUAUUAAAGAUGACACCAGUGGUGCCUACAGAGAUUUACUGCUCAUAAUCGUCGAGGGUGAAAACUAAGAUGACAAAACAUUCACAUAUUUUAUUUAUUAUCACUCAGUGAUUAGGUGUUUAGGAUGAUCAGUGAAUGGUUGAACAAAGAGUGAACUGUUUCAUAUCUUCAAUGAUGACACAAGUUUGUUCCGAGAAUAGAUUUGUUGUCCCUGAGACCGUGGUCCCGAGACAUAAGAUUGAUGUCAAAAAUAAAAUAAAAACUUCAACAUAGUAUUUUAAACUGUGUCAAGAAUUUCAGUAAAGAUGUUUAUUUUACCAAUUCCAGUAUGUGGAUGAAAACAAAUGGAGAACAAACUCCUGAAUUGUUCAGUGACAUUUCACCACUACACUAGUGGCUUCUUCAGACUGGCAACUCACCACAUCUGGGCCAAAGCUCAUGGCUCUUCUUACCGCCGAAAUCUGCGCUUACGAUCACGAUUCACCGCUUACCGUGCAAGCGCCAAAUUUCUGCGCUUGCAUUGUUCGUGUAAUGCAUAACGCACAAGCACUGAAGCCGAAACUCGCCGCUAUCCCGUGAAAUACGGUUGCCGUAAGCACAUAAUUCCCUGCUUCCGUAAGCGCGCCGACUCUGUGCUUACGGUAAGCAGAGCCAUAAACCUGGGCCGUGGUUUUCUCCUUUUAGUGUAAUCAGAGGCAACUAUAGAGGGCGUGAUGAACUGGUUGUAAAUGUUGAUAUAGGACCCACAUGGUUCGUAAAACCUGAUGGUACCUGAUUAACUGGUGUACACCAACAAACCAACUCAAAUUCUUGUCAGUAUAUAUGUUUAUUAGCAUUAAUAUGUAUCAAUAUUAUUAUAAUUAUUAUUCAAUUAUAUAUUGUAGUAUAG